CUUCUAGGAGCUAAUAAGUGAUCGGGAGUUCUGAGAAGUAUUUCGGAUAUAGAGCGAGAGAGUUCCGUGGAUCUAUUGGUCUAUUCGGCUCUGACUCUCUGAGCUUUCAUCGAAGGAGGGGGUACCAGCGGAGCGAUGGCGCGGCCGAUGCGCAAUUGGGUCGUGUUAGGUCUUCUUCUUGCAGGUUGCUUAUUUGCAAUUUCAAUUGCAAAGGAGGAAGCCACCAAGUUGGGCACAGUCAUUGGUAUUGAUCUUGGUACAACUUACUCAUGUGUUGGUGUCUACAAGAAUGGUCAUGUCGAAAUUAUAGCAAAUGACCAGGGCAACCGCAUCACUCCUUCAUGGGUGGCUUUCACUGACACUGAAAGGUUGAUCGGUGAGGCAGCCAAGAACCAAGCUGCAGUGAAUCCCGAGAGAACUAUUUUUGAUGUCAAAAGACUUAUUGGAAGAAAGUUUGAGGACAAGGAAGUACAGCGAGACAUGAAGCUUGUUCCUUACAAGAUUGUGAACAAAGAUGGUAAACCUUAUAUCCAAGUCAAGAUCAAGGAUGGUGAAACUAAGAUCUUUAGUCCCGAAGAGAUCAGUGCCAUGAUUCUGACUAAGAUGAAGGAGACAGCUGAGGCAUACCUUGGGAAGAAAAUCAAGGAUGCUGUUGUGACUGUUCCAGCUUACUUUAAUGAUGCUCAAAGGCAAGCAACAAAGGACGCUGGCAUAAUUGCUGGCUUGAAUGUGGCUAGAAUCAUCAACGAACCAACUGCUGCUGCCAUUGCGUACGGUCUUGAUAAGAAAGGUGGUGAGAAGAACAUUCUUGUCUUUGACCUUGGUGGUGGUACAUUCGAUGUUAGUAUCCUAACCAUUGACAAUGGAGUCUUUGAGGUCUUGGCAACAAAUGGUGAUACUCAUCUUGGAGGUGAGGAUUUUGAUCAAAGAAUAAUGGAGUACUUCAUUAAAUUGAUCAAAAAGAAGCAUGGAAAGGAUAUCAGCAAGGAUAAUCGUGCUCUAGGCAAGCUGAGGAGAGAAUGUGAGCGUGCUAAGAGAGCACUGAGCAACCAGCACCAAGUUCGUGUAGAAAUUGAAGCCCUCUAUGAUGGCAUGGACUUCUCUGAGCCUCUGACACGCGCCAGAUUUGAGGAACUAAACAAUGACCUAUUCAGGAAGACUAUGGGGCCUGUGAAGAAGGCCAUGGAAGAUGCUGGUCUUGAGAAGCACCAGAUUGAUGAAAUUGUUCUUGUUGGUGGGAGCACCAGAAUUCCAAAGGUUCAGCAGCUUUUGAAGGAUUACUUUGAUGGCAAAGAGCCAAACAAGGGGGUCAACCCUGAUGAAGCCGUUGCCUAUGGUGCCGCUGUUCAAGGAGGCAUUUUAAGUGGUGAAGGUGGCGAGGAGACUAAAGAUAUUCUCCUUCUUGAUGUUGCACCGUUAACCCUCGGUAUCGAGACUGUUGGUGGAGUCAUGACCAAAUUGAUUCCACGAAACACUGUUAUCCCGACCAAGAAAUCUCAGGUUUUCACAACCUACCAGGAUCAACAGACUACUGUAUCCAUUCAGGUUUUUGAAGGGGAGAGAAGUCUCACAAAGGACUGCAGGAUGCUUGGGAAGUUUGACCUCACUGGCAUUCCUCCAGCACCUAGAGGGACACCGCAGAUCGAGGUCACUUUUGAAGUUGAUGCCAAUGGCAUACUCAACGUCAGGGCUGAGGACAAGGCAUCUGGCAAGUCGGAAAAGAUCACCAUCACCAACGACAAAGGCCGCCUCAGCCAGGAAGAGAUUGAUCGCAUGGUGAAGGAAGCAGAGGAGUUCGCAGAGGAGGAUAAGAAGGUGAAGGAGAAGAUUGAUGCCAGGAACCAGCUUGAGACUUAUGUGUACAACAUGAAGAACACUAUCAAUGACAAGGACAAACUCGCCGACAAGAUCGAAAACGAUGAGAAAGAGAAGAUCGAUGCGGCUCUCAAGGAUGCUUUAGAAUGGCUUGAUGAGAAUCAGGAUGGUCAAAAGGAAGAUUUUGAGGAGAAAUUGAAGGAGGUCGAGGCUGUCUGCAACCCUGUCAUCUCUAAAGUCUACCAGAGAUCAGGUGGUGCCCCUGGAGGUGGCUCGGAUAGCAGUGAUGAUGAUUCUCAUGAUGAGCUCUGAAUGAUUUCGGAUUCCUUUUUUGGAGAUUUAGACGGAAUAGAAAGAUUUAGAUUGCCUAUGUAUUUUUUAUUAGCGUAGCUUUAAAGGCAUUUGGCCGAGCAACCAUUUGUAGCUGUUUUAUUACUUUUUUUGUUUUUAACGAACUUUAGAUAUGGAUACUUCACUUCUGUAAUUUGCGUCGACUAACAUAGCUAUAUUAUAUGGCUUUGGUUUAUAGAGUCAUCGAUUGUUGGA